ACCGGAAGUACUAUUUUCGUUUUCCAAGCGUCUGUCCGCCAUUUGUUCCUAUUUGUUUACGUUUUCAACGUCUUCAAGGGUCCCGAUUCAAUCCAUGAAAUCGACUGUGCUUUGAAAGUUUUUUGCUUGUGAUUGAGAUCCUGUGUCAACGUUGAUUUUUCAAGAUGUCGAUUGGAGUGCCGAUUAAGGUGCUUCAUGAAGCUGAGGGUCACAUAGUUACAUGUGAAACGUCGACCGGCGAAGUGUACAGGGGCAAACUGAUUGAAGCAGAAGACAACAUGAACUGUCAAAUGGCCAAUAUUACCGUAACGUAUAGGGAUGGCCGAGUUGCGCAACUGGAAAAUGUAUAUAUUAGAGGCAGCAAGAUCAGAUUCUUUGUUUUACCUGACAUGCUGAAGAAUGCUCCUAUGUUCAAGAAAGUACAAGGAAAAGGUGGUGGCGCUGGGAGAGGAAAAUCUGCGAUUCUUAGGGCGCAAGCUGCGAGAGGCAGAGGUCAGCGUGGUAGAGGAGGAGGCAACAUUUUCCAAAAACGCCGCUGAGAACACCCAAGUUUUCAUCCAUUCAUCUUUACAUAUACGCUGGACCAUUGAUGCUGUUGUUUAGUGUUUUUUUUAAUGAACAGUUGUGUUCACUGACUGGGAAGGGAAACUGCAGUCGUUUUUGCCGUUUCAAGUGCUGUAGAAAGGGAAGUAUGCGUGCAAGUGAAAGUAUUGCUUGGGUGUUUAAAUGAAAGAAGAGUGUGAGAUGUUAGUGGAGUGAUUGGCAGAAUUUGAUGUUACUAUUUUUAUCUUGUAGAAUUGUAUUCCAUUGUUUUUGCAUCAGUGACAUUGCCAUAGUUUUGCAUCAUUUUGAAAAGCUCUGUUUCAUAUGAGGAGACGAAUAUUUUCUGUUGAGAAGAGCAUUUAGACACAUUUGUCUGAAAAAAAUAUUUUCAUUUUUCUGAAAUUGUCCUCAUUGCUCAUUUAUUUUCCUGUCGAAUAAAUGGUUUGUCACUGUUGAACAUGUAAA